CGUUCUGCUGUGUGUCAGGUGUGAGGCGUUGGUGUGUCGAUCUGGACGUGUCCGUUGUGGAUCAGCAGUUGAAACUCUUUGUGUCCAGACACUCGGCCUUCGUGUCACAACACGUCCCAGGUCAAAGGACGCUGCAUCACCGUGGAGACGUCCUGGACAUUCAGGUCGUGGUGAAUCCAGUUCGUGACUUUGUCCUCUCUGAGAUCCGACGGCUGAUCUGUGAUUCGUCUCGACACAAACUGUUGGUUGUGGUCGGUCAGUGCGUGGAAGAGAGCGGAGACAUUGUGUUGCAGAAAGGCUGCUUCUCUCUCGACGACAUUGUCCACAUCGUCACUGAUGAUGAGGUUGCAGAGUUGUUGAACUCAUCAGACGCUGCGGUGAAGGCCAGUCUCACGCUCUGCUGUCCAAGCCACGGUCUGUGGACGGACUCUGUUUCAGAGAAACACAACCUUCAAGACUUCAUGAACAUCCAGAUCAACCCUCCCCUUGUCCUCCCUCAGAUGGAGGGUCUGCAGGAGUUCACAGAGUAUCUUUCUGAGUCCCUGGAGCCUGAGUCGCCCUUUGACCUCCUGGAGCCGCCGAGCACCGUCGGCUUCCUGAAACUCUCUCGACCCUGCUGCUACAUCUUCCCUGGUGGGAGGGGUGACUCGGCCUUCUUUGCCGUCAACGGUUUUAAUGUUCUGGUGAAUGGCGGCUCUGACUCCCGCUCGUGCUUCUGGAAACUGGUUCGACACCUGGACAGAAUCGACUCUGUGCUUCUGACCCACGUGGGCGUUGACAAUCUCCCUGGACUCAACAGUCUCCUGCUGAGGAAAGUGGCCGAGCAGGUGAACGAGUUUGGAUCUCAGACUGAAGAGGACUGGAUAAAAAAUCUCAUCUCUCCUGAGAUCGGCGUGGUUUUCCUCAACGUUCCUGACAGAGUCAAGUCUUUUCAGGAUGAUCCCAGUGAGCUGCGGAGCUGUGACCAGGUGGCACUCACAUGUCAGUCCUUGCAGAGAUUGGCAAUCAAACCGGAACCUCUCAGUCGGUUUAACGGACCCAUUAUAGAACCAGUCAUUUUGUUUCAGAAGAUGGGCGUUGGCCGUUUGGAGCUCUACACUCUGAAUCCUGUCAAUGGAAGCAAAGAACUUGAUGCUUUAAUGCAGAUUUGGCCAAACAGUGGAUCGAAUGUAAAGAGCUCAAAUCUUCCUCUAACGUGCCUCGUUUCCAUCUGUGCUCUGCUGGUGUGGCAUCCAUCCAGUCCUCAGGAGAAGAUCAUCCGUGUUCUUUUCCCAGGGUGCACACCACAGACCAAAAUCCUGGAUGGAUUUGAAAAACUCAAACAUCUGGAUUUCCUCAAACACCCAACAGUGUGUUUGAAAGAUCUCGAAACACUCAAACCUGAAAAACAACCAAAAAGAGCAGAGAGUCGUGAAAGCCUUAAGUCCAGUUCGAAAGACGUCAGACCCAGUAGUGCCUUACAGAAAGACAAGCUUGGAAGAGUAGAGGUCAAAAAACAUGAGGUGAAAAUGAAGCUGAAGGCAGCAGGUGACCCUGCAUACAAAGACAAGAUGGAUGGAGAAGAUAAAACUAAAGUAAAGGAUGGAGACGUCAAACUAAAGCCAGUGAAACCUGCUGAGAAGGUUGCUCCAAAGAAAGAUGUGAUGUUAAAAGAGGAGAAAAAGGAAGUAAAAAGGAAGGAACCUCUGAGUUCCAAACCAAAGAAAGACAUUAAACCUGAACCAAAGAAAGACAGUAACAGGGGUGUAAAGACAGACGAGAAGAAAAUUAGACUGGUCGCUAAAGAUGGAAAGAAAACAGGAAGUGGAGCCUCAUCAACAGCAACUGAACCAAAAAAACCUUCAGGUAAGACUCAAAAGAAAGACGUGACCAUUCCAAAGAAAGACAUGUUGACCAGAGGGACAAAGACUAAACCAGAUUCAAACCAGAGAGAGGCUGAUCGCUUCUUGUCAACACCGGAGGACAUGACUGCUGAAUUUGAAAGACUUCAACUGGAAGAUAACAAUACAAACGUUGGUUUGAAGAACAGGAGUUCGGAUGGAGCGAAGGCCAAAGGAAGUCAGAUGUCAACUGUUGAGAGUCCCAAAAUGUUUUGCGGUAUGGAGAUAGACAAGGAAAUGUCUCUUUCCAAAACACCAAAGAGUAGUCUCAGUGUAAACUUUGAUAUCACUCCGACUGUGUUUCAGACGGUCGUCGGAUCCCUGACAAACGGACCAGAUGAUUUUUGUGUGAGCUCAGAAGAGAAAACUCUAGAGCUGGUGUCACCUGCAGAUUCAGCUCAAAACAGUGAAGGACAGACACCCUUCCAUCCGUCACCUGAAGAGGACACUCAGUGUGUGGGUGAGGACAGCAGCCUCAUUGGCUUCAGUUCGUGUCGGUCAUCAGACUCCCUGAAGGACGUUCGGGAAACCUGCAGCCUCCCUACCCUCAGUCCUUUGGUGUCCAUGUCUGUGGAGCCACCUACUACUGCGUCAUCCAAAGGAUCCAUGGGAGACAGAGUAGACACCAAUGGACAUGUCAAUGACUUGGACUCCAACACAGGGAUGACCUUACCUCUGAGGUCGUCCCAUCAUGGACGUUGUGGAAAUGGAUUAGAGGAGCGCAUUCACGGGAUGUCCGACCUCACCUCAGAUGUUCCACAUGACGUUGAUCUGUGUCUGGUCUCACCUUGUGAGUUUCAACAUCCCAGGACCCCAGAGAACCAUCAGCAGCCCGUCAAUGCUGCAAACACUCAGGACCAGGACCGCAACCAAUGUCCUUCAGCCUUCAGCCAGGAAACUCCUCCCACAUCAACCAGUGACUCUCUGCUGACGAUCACAGAUUCCGACAUCCCCCCUGGCACAGAGGAUUGUCCGUCCAUCACCGCAGACAUCGACUCUGAUGAAGAUGCCAGUGACCAUUUUCCAUCCGGCCAUCCACAGGAUCCUCACAGUCUGCAGUAUGUCCUCCAGGAGGGACAACCUUCCACCCAUGACCUGCCACCAGCCCUGAUCAAAGAUCUGCCACCAUUACCCCCCCAGCCUGGAGCCUGCAUGGCAGACGCACAGGCUGAUGCAUCGGACAAGAGUCUGAAGAGUUCAGCUACAAAGACCAAGAAACCUUCAGGUUUGACCCAGAAGAUAACAUCCGGAGGAACCACAGCCCAGAACGGAAAGUCCAAGGUCGGCAGCUCUUCGGGGUCAUUGAGGAUUCUGUCCAGCCUUGACGCCAAGCCAUCAUCGAGAAAUUCACUCGGUGGAUCAAGAAUUGGAACUUUAAAACCUCCAUCGUCAGCUUCCAGAGUCUCAGAGGGUUCUGCAGUCUACGUGGAUCUGGCCUACCUCCCGUCCAGCGGUGCCUCCUCCACUGUGGACGUGGAGUUUUUCAAACGCGUCCGCUCCUCAUAUUACAUCAUCAGCGGAGACGAUCCUGUGAAGGAGGCAGCAAUGAGGAGAAUCCUGGACUCACUGCUGGAGGGGAAGAGCAGCUGGCCUGAGGUCCAGGUGACUCUGAUCCCGACAUUUGAUUCGCUGGCGAUGCACGAGUGGUACCAGGAGACCCACGACAAGCAGAGGGAGCUGUCAAUCACCGUGCUUGGUAGCAACAGCACAGUGGCGAUGCAGGAGGAGACUUUCCCCGCCUGCAAAGUCGAGUUCUGAGCCCCCCCCCCCACCCAGGCAGAGGAUGACUUUUAAUGUUGCCAUGGUAAUAACCAGACCACCCUCAAAAUCCUUCCCGCAGGUUUUAGUCUGCAGUUUGGUGACAAACGAUUUCAAUGAUGGUUUUUCCUCCCAGAAAAGUGGUCGGGGGGGCUCAGAUCAUUUAGAGGCUUUCAGACGUGUUCGGACCAUGAAAAGUUAUUUUAAAGUUUUUAAGUGUGACUGUGUUAGUAAUCAUUCACUGUGUGUGUGUGUGUG